AUGGAUCUCCAUGCAGAAGUUGAACGUGCUUUAGAGGAGAUGGAGUGGGGAGAGGUGGUCACCACUCUCAUAGGCGCUGUUCAUGAGUUACUGAAUGGCACAACCAACCCUCCAUCUCCUCCACCUACAACCCCUGCUCCUGUGUCUGCUGGGCUGGAACCCAACACCCAGCCUCAGCCAGCAGAUAGCCAGUUUGGAGGAUAUGGUGACUGGAUCCCACUAGGAGCAGAUCAUUAUAUGUCUGAGGAGCAACAUCCAUUAAUGGCUGCUCCCACCAUUUCUGAUGGACCUCUGCAUCAAGGGGACAUCAUGCAACCAGGUCAUCUGCAUUGUGGUGCAGGUGCAUGUUGCCAGGGACAGUACCUGCCAUAUCUAUGGCCUGUGGAAGACGUCCCGACCGCUGCAGGUGUCGGUCACCCUGCUGCUGCUCUUCCACAGACAGCAGCAGCCUUCAGUUACCCUGCUUCUCCUCCACAGCCAUUUACCAAUGUGCCAGUGGUAAAGCUCGCUGAAAGCCAGAGCCUGCACUUUGUUGGAGUGCUUAACGGACAGCUGUUGUACGAGGUGAUUGCAGGAGGUGACGCUCCUCCCGUCUAUGCUGCUCCUCCACAGAACACCUUCAACUCAAAAAAAAGAAAGCGCGACAGCCAACGUGACGAUGAUCGGCCGUACAUAAAGAGGCCUCCAAACGCCUUCAUGCUCUUUCUGAAAGAACAGAGGACACAUGUUGAGGCGGAAGUUGCAGAGAGAGGCAGUGCGGCCGUGAAUACGCUGCUGGGACAGAGAUGGAAGUCACUGACGAAGGAGCAGCAGGCCAAAUAUUUCAGCCAGGCCAAAACAGAACGACUGCUCCAUUCCCAGCAGCACCCUGAGUGGUCCACCCAGGACAACUAUGGCAAGAGGAGGAAGACACAGAGGAGCAAGGCCUCCAGGCUGGAUUCUCUGAAAACAGUAUCUACAUCUCUGACCUCACCCCUUGCACUGACUCAAACAUGGAGUCCACCCACUGAGACUCAAACACAAUCUACCCACUGAGACUCAAACACAGUCCACCCACUGAGACUCAAACACAGUCUACCCACUGAGACUCAAACACAGUCUACCUACUGAGACUCAAACACAGUCCACCCAAUGAGACUCAAACACAAUCUACCCACUGAGACUCAAACACAGUCCACCCACUGAGACUCAAACACGGAGUCCACCCACUGAGACUCAAACACGGAGUCCGCCCACUGAGACUCAAACACGGAGUCCGCCCACUGAGACUCAAACACGGAGUCCGCCCACUGAGACUCAAACACGGAGUCCGCCCACUGAGACUCAAACACGGAAUCCACCCACUGAGACUCAAACACAGUCCGCCCACUGAGACUCAAACACGGAGUCCGCCCACUGAGACUCAAACACGGAGUCCGCCCACUGAGACUCAAACACAGAGUCCGCCCACUGAGACUCAAACACACAG